AUGUUGUUUCUUGUGCAUUUUACCGUGGCGGUUCUGCUCAUGCUUAGUCACCAAACACUGGCAUCAGACACGAACAUUGAAUCUGGUGCCGUAUGUCGCGUCUCUGGCCAGCUCGGGCGGUGCGAUCACUUCAAGAACGAUCCCACCUACCUGAGGAUGCUGAUGAAUCACGCCUUGGCGGAAGCGGAAGUCGAGCUCUUGCAGCGACUCGUUUGCAAUCGACGGAAAGGGUUGAUUUGUCGGCUUGGCAAGAUCAAUGACGAUGGGUGCGGUGUUCAGAUGGAGGAUCGCAUCGUCGGUGGCCAGAGGGCGGGCAUCGAUCAGUACCCGUGGAUGGCGGCGCUGCAGUACAUCAACCACCGGAAGGGCACGAAACGAUUUUCGUGUGGUGGAGCGCUUCUAAACCGUAGGUUCGUCCUUUCGGCGGCGCAUUGUUUUGUGCGGCUUCCCGCGGGCGUUGAGCUGUACAAAGUGCGCCUCGGUGAGUGGGACACAGAAUCCGAACGAGAUUGCGAGGACGAAGAGGAUGAGCUCUCUUGUGCCGCAGCAGUACAGGACUUCGGUUACGAUCGGUUGAUCAUCCACGAGCAUUACACGGGAACCCAUACGGAUCGUGCCAACGAUAUUGCUCUGAUUAAGCUGGAUGGGUUAGUAGAAUACAAUCCAUUCGUAAAGCCAAUCUGCCUACCGGAACCUAACACACCCAACAAGGAGAAGCUGUAUUUUGGUAACAUGUGGGCCGCUGGAUGGGGCCGCACGGAAACAGCUUCCGGCAGUCGAUUUAAGAUGUUCGUCGCACUCAAUCAGUUCGAUCUGCAAGCGUGCAAUGCGACUUAUAUGAAUCGAGCAAAGAUACCCCUCACUGAAUCUCAGUUCUGCGCCAUGGGUGCACCGGGAAAGGAUACGUGCAACGGUGACUCCGGUGGACCGCUGAUGAAAACGAUCCAGUCGCUCCAUUACGUCGUCGGGGUUGUGAGUUUUGGACCGCAAAAAUGUGCCACAACCAUGCCGGCCGUCUAUACGAGGGUGGACAAGUUCUACGACUGGAUCACGAGCCACAUGGUGGAGGUCGAUAAUUAA